GCUGGCCUCACGCAUGCGCUGGCGGGGCAGGGAGUUGGAGCGUGGGGCUGGCGGCCGGCAGGAUGGGGCUAACUGUGCGGGCCGUUUUCUUUGACUUGGACAACACGCUCAUCGAUACGGCGCGGGCAAGUAGGAAAGGCAUGUUGGAGGUGAUAAAGCUCUUACAAUCAAAAUACCAUUAUUACAAAGAAGAAGCUGAAAUCAUCUGUGACAAAGUUCAAGUUAAACUCAGCAAGGAAUGUUUUCAUCCUUCCAAUACAUGCAUUACUGAUCUAAGGACUUCACACUGGGAAGAAGCAAUCCAGGAAACAAAAGGCGGUGCAGCUAAUAGGAAAUUAGCUGAAGAAUGUUAUUUACUGUGGAAAUCGACACGUUUACAACAUAUGACACUAGCAGAAGAUGUUAAAGCCAUGCUCACUGAACUUCGAAAGGAGGUCUACCUACUUUUGUUAACAAAUGGAGACAGACAGACACAGAGGGAGAAGAUCGAGGCUUGUGCCUGUCAGUCUUAUUUUGACGCUAUCGUUGUAGGUGGAGAACAGAAAGAAGAGAAACCAGCACCUUCCAUAUUUUAUCAUUGCUGUAAUCUCCUUGGAGUACAGCCUGGGGACUGUGUGAUGGUUGGUGACACAUUAGAAACUGAUAUACAAGGAGGCCUCAAUGCAGGGCUGAAAGCAACAGUCUGGAUAAACAAAAAUGGAAUAGUGCCACAAAAGCCAUCUCCCAUGCCACAUUAUACAGUUUCUUCUGUGCUAGAGCUACCUGCUGUUUUACAAAGCAUAGACUGCAAAGUCAGUAUGUCAACUUAAAGCACAUAAAAGGGCAUGAUUAUAUAUUUUACAGGCUUUGAACUAAAAAAUUUUAAGGCAUCCUGUAUACUAUGACCCAGUUCCAAGAAUAAUUUUACUUAUGAUUUAAUAGCCACCCAACCAUUUACUGGUAUUUAUAUCUGGAUAUUCAGAAUACAAGUUAGUUGUAGUAGUGUGAUCAAGAAAACUUGAAGAAAUGUAUUAUUUGUUAAUCUGUGA